AUGUCCUACUCCUCCCCAACAGAGCCAUUUACGAUCCACACCUCGCUUCUUUUCUCACCGCACCUCAAGACGUUCCUCCCGAAUGUUUCGCUCCUCAUCUCUCCCACCACCGGCCUUGUUCUUCGCACUCACACGCGCUCUACCUCAUCCAUCCCUUCUCCCCUGCCCCCAUCCGACAUUGACCUCACACAUCUUGUCGUCCUCCCAGGCUUUGUCGAUGCACAUACCCACAUCUUCCUCCACCCAUACGCCGAAACCCCCGCAUUGCACCAAAUCCUCCACGAAUCCCUUGUGGAACGCACCCUCCGCGCAGCAAACCACGCCCGCGCCGCCCUCGCCGCCGGCUACACGACGUACCGCGACCUGGGCACCGAGGGGCUUGGUGCAGCGGACGUUGGCCUGCGUGACGCAAUAAAUCGUAGCAUCGUGGUAGGGCCGCGGCUCUUCGUCGCGACGGAUCCUCUCGCAUCGUCUGGGGGCUAUGUGUUGCGCGUCGAGAACGAGAAUGCGAGGGUGCCGCGACUCGCGGACGAGGCAGAUGGCGUGGAUGGCGUGCGGGCCGCUGUGCGGCGCAGGCUGGCGGCCGGCGCUGAUGUGGUGAAGUUCUAUGCCGACCAGGAGAAACGCAAUGCUAGGUAUCCGGAGACAGAGACGUGGCCGGGUGCGUUGGGGGUGAGGUUUAAGCCCGAAUGGGGCGACAAGCCGAAGCACUAUUUGCUGUUCUCGGCCUCCGAGAUGCGCGCGAUAGUCGACGAGGCGCACGAGGCGGAGUGUCCAGUUGCGGCGCAUGCAAGCUCGCCGGCGGCUGUGAUAAGGGCAGCGCGGGCGGGGGUGGACAGUGUGGAACAUGGACAGGAGCCUAGCGCGGAGGCUUUGGAAGUGAUGAAGGAGAUGGGCACGAUCUUUGUACCGACGCUAACGGUCAUGGAGGAGGAGGUGCCCGAAGAGGUGGUGGGCAGCAUGUAUCAGCAUACAUACAAUGCGUGGAAAGCAGGAGUUAAGUUGGCGUGCGGUGGGGACAUCGGCCCCGUUGCUCACGGAGAGAAUGUGCGGGAGUUGGAACUUAUGAUUGCGGCUGGGGUUCCCGUGGAAGAGGUGCUGGCUUCUGCAACAUUGCAUGGCUGGGAGGCCUGUGGUGGAGCGUGGUGUGGGAGAAAGUUUGGGUGGUUAGAUGAGGGAUGCGCGGCAGAUAUAGUAGGGUUGAUGGGAGAUCCGAGGGAGGAUGUCAAAAACCUGAGAAGAGUGGAAUUUGUGAUGAAGGAUGGGAGAGCGUGCAAGAUGGACAAUAGAAUGAUUGUGUGA